AUGGGAGGUAGUCGACUGAUCGUCGGGCUCGAUUACGGCACUACAUACACAGGUGUGUCGUUUUGCGAACUAUCCGAUCCCGCAUCCGAGCAGCCACACAUCGAAGUCAUACAAGACUGGCCCUCACGUCAUGGCAAGAUCGGUACAAGAGAAAAAGUACCUAGCGAGAUAGCCUAUCUGGAAGAAGGCGUUCGAUGGGGUUCUGAUAUCCCCCCACAUGAGAAGCGACAUAUGUGGACCAAGCUUGAAUUGGAUAACCGCGAAGAUGGUGAGGUUGCUAAGAUUCUUUACGAGUUGUCUCUGCUCGAGUUACGUAAAUCACCCGUGGAGAUAAUCGCCGACUUCCUGGCGCAAGUCAAAGCUCAUUUGAUCAAGAAUCUCGAUGAGAAGUUUGGCAAAGAACUGUGGAGAACGCUCCCUAUCACUUUGGUGGUCACAGUCCCAGCGGUGUGGUCAGACAUCGCCAAGUAUCGAACCAUGCAGGCUAUUGAGAAAUCCGGCUUUAAUUCUCUCAGAAAUGGAGACAUGACAACGCCUGUUACCAUCACGACAGAGCCAGAAGCUGCUGCACUCUACACAAUCAAGAUGCUACAAGGCACAGCACAGGAUGCACAGUUAGCGAUUGGUGACGGCUUCAUUGUCUGCGACAUGGGAGGCGGAACUGUUGACCUUAUUGCAUACCAGAUUGCGAGCGUUCAACCGACAAUAAUCGAAGAAAGCACAGUAGGCAACGGUGCCCAGUGUGGUGGCAGCUUUGUCGACCGUGCAUUUCUCCAAUGGCUUGAGCGCCGUCUAGGUACACAAGAUUUUGUCAAGAUUGCUGGCUGUCGAAGUGAGGAUAUUCCCCGUACUUCGCUCACGAAGAAGGCGGCCAAGCUUCUUCAAGACUUCACUUUGGAAGUCAAGAAUGGCUUUUCAGGAACUCAGUCGAAUUACUUGUUCCUUCCAAACCCGCUGAGUGCUAUUCAUGAUGACGAGAAGAGAGGAAUCAGCGAUGGAGAGUUGAGAAUCACAGCUGACGAUACACGAGCGAUGUUUGAUGUGUGCAUCCACCAAGUAUAUGAGCUGAUUCAACAGCAAAUUCAGCGCGCCCGCACGAACAAGAUGAAGAUCAAGUAUAUAUUCAUGGUUGGCGGUUUCUCAGAAUCGCCAUACAUUUGGUCAGCCACAGUUCGAGGUGCUGCAGCCAAAGGUCUUGAGGAAAGCAGUGGUGCAGUCUUGAAGCGAAAGAGCCGUCGACACUACGGUACAAGCUGUGCUCGGUGUUUCAAUAUCUUUUUCCAUGAUGACGCCGACGCCUACAUCGACACACACGAUGGCAGGAAGAUGGCGAAACACCAGAUGAAAUACGACUUAUCUGAGAACGACAUGCACCAGCGCACCAGCCCGUCUGGUCGCAUGUACUACUCUGCUAAAGUCACAGUGAACAUAUCUCUGCAGUCUUGCUUAGAGUUCUACGUCACGGUCAAGGGUAAGAAGUUCGGCUCCCUGACUAUCAGCUACAAUUGAGGUUCAGUGACCUGCUUUCCGUCGAAACACA